AUGCAAAUAGCAGGCCAAACAAGGCGCAACCUACAAUAUGUGGCGCUUACAACGGCCCUCCUGACCAUAGGCAAGCCAAGGGAGUGGGACGCGUGGCGCCAGUCUCAUGGCCUCAACGAGAUUCACAUCGAGCGCCACUUUGGCCAGUUGCGUGGGCAAGCGUCAAACAGCGAGUUGACGGCCAGGGACUAUUGGUAUGCCGUGGCUGACAAUAGCCGCAAGAUGGCCAAGAAGCAUGAAUCCCCGAAGAACCAUGUCAAGCCGACAGUGGAGGAGCCCUUGCUUGAGCCAGAGAUCAGAUCCUGUGCAAAGCGCGCCCUUGCUGCGUCGCUUUUGCUGGUCUCACGAUGCUCUGACAUUGAUGUACAGAGCCUGGAGAAGCUGUACAGGACAGAGUGCAUUGGGGACUUCUUUGAUGAGCCAGACAUGGUGGGCGAGGAUUUGCUGGAGCUUUCUCUCCUUGCGAAGGAGAUGCAGGAUGUCACUGAGGCCGACCACAACCAGCUGAAGAAUGUUUUGGUCCACAUUGAGCGCGCUGCAAAGGAGCAGAUUGAUCAGCACGAACGUGAUCAACAAGGAGACGCAGCAGAAGAUCAGACAGAAAUGCCUACUGCCCAAGAUCCAGAUGCAGCACUGCCAGAUGGACAGCAGCUUGUGGACCUUACCUCAAAUCUGCCACCGAGAUCCGAUGAAAGCCAGAACUAUCCCAAGACAUUGGCUGAGGCACUGGCUCUUGACAAUUGGUGGUCGGGGAUUUGGCAGUUGGCCCUGCAUCUGCGAUGUGGCCCGUCCGGAAUGGACAACCUCUACCUUCGUGGCGGAGAAGAAGUUCGAUAUCGAGCAAGGAAGUUAAACUGGCACCAGAAUUUGGAGCACCAAUUGAAGGACAUUCGGAUGAAUCAGGAUGAGAUGAUGGCUGGACAGAGGGGCUCACGGAUUUCAAAGUGGAUUCAGCAUUCCAGCACUAUGCGGGAUCGGGCUGGCUGGCAAGCUCCUGAGAAGAUUCAGAUUGGGAAAGUUGUCAUGCUCAACCUCGGGACGACUGUGCCUCCAUGUCCAGCAUUUGUCCAUACAGUUUGGCCCUGUGGCAAGAAGCCACGUCCAAUCAGCCAAGAAAUUCCGAUUCAGUCCUUGAAGACUUUCAGGGCCACCAUGCUUGUCCGUCACAAGAAAUCCAAGGAGGAUCUAGACGAAGAGUGUUAUUGGGAGCCCUCGCCAAACACGUGGAUGUAUGGGCAGGAGCAUCUUUUGGCUAUCUUGGAUGUGGACACCCAGCGCACUGCGGUGAAUCGAGGCCACUUCUUCUUGACCCCAGCAUCGGAGGACAUGAUCCUGAAGGUGCAAUCAGAGGAGCACCCGGCAGCGCCUCAUCGAGGCCUGAAUGUGAAGAAAAGGAGGAAACCUCCGAAGUUGAAGCUUGGGGCAGCUCUGAAGAAAGCGGCUUCGGCAAAGAUUGCCAAGAAGGCCCAGGAAGCUCCAACGCCCAGUAGCAUUCGGCGCUCAGUGGCUGGGAGGAGGAUGGUUCGCUUCAUGAUGAAGAAAGCCCUCGAGGUGGACGCAGUUCGGUUUGCGGACAACCCUGUGUUCAACCCGAACACGGGGUCUUGCACGCUGAAGGGGUGUACUAGCUACACCUACGACCUCUUCAUGGAGCAGGUUCCGCUGUACUUCCAGGCCCUCCACGUCAAGGUCCGCAAUGCUGAGAGGUAUGGACUGUUGGUGUACAAGACCAUCACAGAUCUGACCCAGCAGAUGGAGCAGAACCCUGCAAAGCGUUCCUUGCUGCUCAACAUCAUCCAGGAUGCCAUCAAGGCAAAGCUCGGCCAGCCGAAGAUCUAA